GCAAUAAUUUUACUAUAGCAUGGGGACAGGACCCGUGGGCAGGAAGAGCUGCACUGGGGUCAUGAUGGGUAACAUUAUAUACCCUCAGCUUGGGAGGUGGUCAGGGAUAGAGUACGUCUCUAAGGAAUUUUGGAAGCAAGGUUUCCACGACCUUGAGGGGCUAGUUAUUGCCAGGGAAAUUACUGUUUCACUUAUUACCGUUAAAUAAAAUCUCAGUCAUGAGAUCCUUCAAAUGUAUAAGGGGGGGGGGGUAUAAGCUUGGAGCCUGAUUGCCAGCAUAUAUCCUGGGGCAGUUAAGAUAAAGGAAGUAGACUUACAGGAUCCUCGUGGUUGGGAUAAUGUUAAACCAAGGUUCUCUUUGGCCCCAGCAAAGCGUCAUCCUUGAGGCAGCUGAGCUCCUAGAGGGAGAUCACUCUGUCGGUCUCGGGUCUCGAGGACUCUGUCAUGGGCUAUAGGCAGUAAGGGAAUUAAAUUUUUCAUUUGCUUUAGUUUCCCUCAUUACCAUGACAAGCACUUAAACCCCUUUCCUUUGUUCUCUGGUAGCCAGGAGUGUCGGAGGAAUAUCACAUGUAUCCCACCUGAAGAGGGGGGGGUGGUGCGGGGUGCUAGUUUAUGCUUUGCCCUCAGCUUGUCUCAUCAUCUGCGGCUGCCUCCAAGGCUUAGCAUAGUGAAGUGAUAAGGAGGUAAGGGAAUCCUGGCACCCUGGGGAGAUUGGGCUAAUCUGUCGGAGGCCCUGCAACAGUGGGGAAGAGUCUGGUCUGUUGUAGGAUAAUGGUGGGUGCCUCCAAUUGAGGCCCAACCUUGGAAUGUUUCCUACAGCCCAGCAGGCUUUUGGCUCUUCUGUCGGAUUCCUAGCUGCCCGACAUCCUGGCGCCAGAAACUGGCGGUGGGGGGUUGGGGGGGUGGGAUAGGGGAAGACGGGCGGUGGGGGGUGCGGUCAGCUUCAACUCUCCUGUCCGAACAGAUUCAUCUUAAAACAUCAGGGAGAAGACUGCAUUACAGUUAACCCAAUAAAAUUAAUACAGCAAAGUAUUGUAGUGGGCACUUAAUAGUUGCUGCAUGAUGAAUUAUUUGAAAUGAACUCAAGAUGAAUCUCGAAGGACGAGUGGGAGUAAGCCCUGCGGGGAAGCAGAGAUCCGGCGCCAAGUUCCAAAGGCUUGAGGAGACAAGGCUAGGUGGGGGAAAGGGGAGAAGCUGAGUUUGGCUGGCUCUGAGAGCGCCAGCGGCCGUGCGAAGUUGGGCCCACCACGCGGUGGUUUGAGCCCAGGGCCAGGGGCGAACGGAGCACGUUGGGGCCCGGGCUUCGACGGCGGCGAAGAGGGGCCCUAGGGCCACCCGCGGUGCUGGAAGUCCCCUCCCUGUCCACUCCUCGGGGCGGGACAAAUCAGACUCCGCCCACCUGGAGGUGGCUCUGCGCGCAACCUUCUUAGCGUUCGACUAGGAGGAACUUUAGGGGUAAACAGGUUCGAGAAGGGGGAAUUGAGGCGCGCAGCGGUGGGAAGCGUGCUCCGGAGCCUAGUCCCCCCACCGCCGCCCACCCGUGUUGUCUCAGAAAGAGCAAUCGGGGCCGUUCCUCUUUAAGGGGCGGGCAGGGGCGGGGCUCCCCGUCUCUUUCCGGUAGGCUGCGCCCUUCCCACCGCAGACGCGAACACUGUAGCCCGAGGUGCGCGUGAUCGCGAAUUCUUCGGAGGCCGUGUUGGGGCGGGGAGGUCGCGGCCGGAGUCCAGCCACCGCUUGAUCGCAGACUGCAUCGUAUCGCCGGUUCCGCAGGCAUCAUGAGCCAGGACACUGAGGUGGACAUGAAGGAGGUGGAGCUGAACGAAAUGGAGCCCGAGAAGCAGCCGAUGAAUGCGGCGUCCGGGGCAGCCAUGGCCGUAGUCGUGGCGAGCGGCGCCGAAAAGAACGGCCUGGUUAAGAUCAAGGUGGCCGACGACGAGGCAGAGGCAGCGGCCGCGGCCAAGUUCACUGGCCUGUCUAAGGAGGAGCUGCUGAAGGUGGCGGGCAGCCCCGGCUGGGUGCGCACCCGCUGGGCGCUGCUGGUGCUCUUCUGGCUCGGCUGGCUCGGCAUGCUGGCGGGGGCGGUGGUCAUCAUUGUGCGGGCGCCGCGCUGCCGCGAGCUGCCCGCGCAGAGCUGGUGGCACAAAGGCGCCCUCUACCGCAUCGGCGACCUGCUGGCCUUCCAGGGCCACGAGGAGGGCGACCUAGCGGGCCUGAAGAGGCACCUCGAUUACCUGAGCACCCUGAAGGUGAAAGGCUUUGUGCUGGGCCCAAUUCACAAGAACCAGAAAGAUGACCUCGCUGGGACCAACUUGGAACAGAUCAACCCUGUUCUCGGCUCCAAGGAAGAUUUUGACAAUCUCUUGCAAUCCGCCAAGAAAAAGAGCAUCCGGGUCAUUCUGGACCUCACUCCCAACUAUGAGGGCCAGAACUCAUGGUUCCUCCCCACUCAGAUUGACACUGUGGCCGCCAAGAUGAAGGAUGCUCUGAGUUUUUGGCUGCAGGCUGGUGUGGAUGGGUUCCAGGUUCGGGACGUGGAGAAUCUGACGGAUGCGUCUUUGUUGUUGGCUGAGUGGCAGAACAUCACCAAGAGCUUCAGCGAAGACAGGCUCUUGAUCGCAGGGACUGAGUCCUCUGACCUUCAGCAGAUUCUGAGCCUCCUUGGAUCCACUAAGGACCUGUUGUUGACUAGCUCAUACCUGUCAGACUCCAUUUCCACCGGGAAGCAUAUAGAAUUCUUGGUCACCCAGUAUUUGAAUGCCACCGACAGUCGCUGGUGCAGCUGGAGCUUGUCUCAGGCGGGGCUCCUGACUUCCUUCGUGCCGGCUCAUCUUCUCCGCCUCUACCACCUGCUGCUCUUCACCCUGCCAGGGACCCCGGUUUUCAGCUACGGAGAUGAGAUCGGCUUGGAGGCCGCUGCCCUGCCUGGCCAGCCUGUGAAGUCUCCAAUCAUGCCCUGGGAUGAAUCCAGCUUCCCCGACACCUCAGAACCUGGAAGUAACAACAUGACUGUAAAGGGCCAGAAUGAAGACCCUGGCUCCCUCCUCUCUCUCUUCCGGCGACUGAGUGAUCAGCGAGGCAAGGAGCGCUCCCUGCUGCAUGGGGAUUUCCAUGUACUCUCCUCCGGGCCUGACGUCUUCGCCUACGUCCGCCAGUGGGACCAGAACGAGCGCUUCUUGGUAGUGCUCAACUUCGGGGAUGUCGGCCAACCAGCCAGGUUGCCGGCCACUGCCAGCCUGCCAACCAAGGUCAAUCUGCUGCUCAGCACCCAUCUGGGCCGCGAGGAGGGGGCCUCUCUUGAGCUGGGGCACCUAAACGUGGAGCCCCAUGAGGGGCUGUUGCUUCGUUUCCCCUAUGUGGCCUAACAGGACCCAUUACCCCUCCCCCCCCCCCCCCAGGCCCUUUGGGUCCUGGUUUCUUUUCUUUUCUUUUUUUUUUUUACGGUCACAGAUUACAGUUGAGAGGUGUUUUCUGGCUUCAAAUAAAAGUCACUCCUGCCUGGUGA